AUGCCUAUGUCGGUGGCGGCAGGCCUCCAUCACCGCGCAGAGCUGGUGAUGCAAGGGGUGCAGCAAGCUCUCGCCCACAUCGUGCUCACAACGUGGGAUCACGACCGGGGUCCGGGAACGUUCCGGUCCAGAUACCCUAAUGCUCGAGAUGUAGCUCCAGCAUUGAACACCGGCGAGACCGGCUUCCCCGUCGUGCAGCUUCCGGAAAUGCAUGACGGCGCGGCCCCUCCCAAUGGUGUCCAUCUGCUUGCAGACAUUUGCAGCAGCAGGACCUUCACACUGUCGGUGCAGUCGGAAAGCAACCUGACUAAUAUCUCGAUUCUGGACGGGAGUCUCUAUCCGGCAUAUAAACGGUUGAAGGUAGCCAAGAUCUCGAGAUCUAGGACGUCGAGUCGAGCCUACGAGGUUGCUGCCGGGGGAAAAGCGAUCUCCAUUCUUGGUAUCACAGAGGUAGACGUGCUCCAAGCGGAUCUCGUAUCCAUGUUCUCUCACUCGUGGAACCGACAAGCUGGGACGGCUAGUAAGCAACGACCUCUAGAAGCUACGACACGCGAACACGCGACAUGCGACACCAAUUGA